AUGCUUUUCUUUCCUUCUUUUUCUUUUUUCUUUUUUAUCAUCCUUUUGAAAAUGGUUUUCUUUUCCAUCUUUUAUAUACAAAUUACUUUAGCUCUUUUUUCUUUCUUUCUCGUCUUUCCUUUCCUGCUUUCUUUUUCUUCCUCUUCUUUUACUUUACUUAUCCUCUUUUAUAUUAUUAUUUCUUACUUUUUCUUUCAUUUCUGUUUUUCUUCCUUAUUUUUUAUUCUUUUUUUCUCUUUUUUCUUUCAACUUUUUAGUUUUACUUACUCUUUUUAUUUAGCAUUUUCCUUUUUUACUUUUCUUUCAUCUUUUUCUUUUCAUUAUUACUCUUUUUCUUUUUCCUAUUCUUCUUUCUAUGUUCCUUCUACUUGUCCUCUUCUUUCUUCCUCUUUUCUUCUCUUCUUUCUUCGUCUUUUCUAUUCUAUUCUCUUUUUUUCUUUUUCUCCAAUUCACUUAAUCAUUCUCUUCAUUUUUAUUAUUAUUAAUUCCUCUUUUUCUCCUCAUUAUCUAUCUAUCUAUCUAUCAGUAUGUUCAUAUAUCAGUAUCUCACUCAGUUCAUAUCUAUCUAUCUAUCUAUCUAUCUAUCUAUCUAUCUACACACAUUAUAUUUGCAUUAUUGUUUAUUUUGCCAUAUAG